UUUUUGGUUUUGGUUUUCUGAAGCUGGAUCAUUACAUGAUGACUUUUUGUCCAGGCCUUUAAAUCUGCUUUCUCUAUUCCUCUGAUGCUGGCUAUCAUCUUGACGCUGGGGAUACUUACCUGGGACUGUGCAAGCAGUGACUGCCUUGGUUGACACAUUUCUCACUGAAGUCCGGCUUGAUUGGUUAACGACGAUGAAAUACAGAGCAGCGGCUCCGGCAAUCGACGGGAUCCGGGUAACCAUGGAGAGUGCCUUAACGGCUCGGGACCGGGUGGGGGUCCAGGACUUUGUCCUGCUGGAGAAUUACACCAGUGAAGCAGCAUUCAUUGAAAACCUAAGGAAACGAUUUAAAGAGAAUCUUAUUUAUACAUAUAUUGGAUCAGUUUUGGUGUCUGUCAACCCAUACAAAGAGUUGGAGAUCUACAGCAAACAACACAUGGAGAGAUAUAGGGGAGUCAGCUUCUAUGAAGUGUCUCCACACAUCUAUGCCAUCGCAGACAACUCUUACCGAUCUCUACGCACUGAGAGGAAAGAUCAGUGCAUCCUUAUAUCUGGAGAGAGUGGAGCGGGGAAGACAGAGGCCAGCAAAAAAAUCCUCCAGUACUAUGCUGUGACGUGUCCGGCCAGCGACCAAGUGGAAACUGUGAAAGACAGACUCCUGCAGUCCAACCCCGUUUUAGAAGCAUUCGGCAAUGCAAAAACCUUAAGGAAUGACAACUCAAGCCGCUUUGGGAAAUAUAUGGAUGUGCAGUUUGACUAUAAAGGAGCCCCGGUGGGAGGACACAUCCUGAAUUAUCUCCUGGAGAAGUCGCGUGUGGUGCAUCAAAACCAUGGAGAGAGGAACUUCCACAUCUUCUACCAGCUACUUGAGGGAGGGGAGGAAGAUCUGUUGCGCCGAAUGGGCUUGGACAAAAAUGCCCAGAACUACCAGUAUCUGGUGAAGGGUCAAUGUGCCAGGGUCAGCUCCAUCAAUGAUAAGAGUGACUGGAGGGUGGUUCGAAAGGCUUUGUCGGUCAUCAACUUUAAUGAGGAUGAUGUGGAGGAAUUGCUGAGUGUUGUGGCCAGCGUCUUACAUUUAGGAAAUGUUCAAUUUGGCGCCGACGAGCAGGGCCAUGCACUGGUCACAACCGAAAAUCAGAUUAAAUACCUUGCUAGGCUUUUGUCUGUUGACAGUGCUGUGUUGCGUGAAUCUCUCAUACACAAGAAGAUUAUUGCUAAAGGGGAGGAACUAAACAGCCCUCUGAACCUGGAACAAGCGGCGUAUGCGCGAGAUGCUCUGGCUAAAGCUAUAUACGGACGCACAUUUUCCUGGCUUGUCAGCAAGAUUAACAAGUCUCUUGCUUACAAGGGUGGAGAUGUCCUGAGCCUUAAUGCUUCAGUCAUAGGACUCCUGGACAUUUACGGGUUUGAAGUUUUUCAACAUAACAGCUUUGAACAAUUUUGCAUUAAUUACUGCAAUGAGAAACUACAGCAGCUCUUCAUAGAACUGACCCUAAAAUCUGAGCAGGAGGAGUAUGAAUCUGAAGGAAUUGCGUGGGAACCUGUCCAGUAUUUUAAUAACAAAAUCAUCUGUGACCUGGUUGAAGAAAAGUUCAAAGGCAUUAUUUCGAUUUUGGAUGAAGAAUGUUUGCGUCCCGGAGAUGCAACAGAUAUGACAUUCCUAGAAAAGCUAGAGGACACUGUGAAAAAUCACCCACACUUUGUGACGCACAAAUUGGGUGACCAGAAAACCCGAAAAUCUCUUGGGAGAGAUGAGUUUCGGCUGCUGCACUAUGCUGGUGAAGUAAACUACAGUGUAGUAGGAUUUUUGGAUAAAAACAAUGAUCUACUGUUCCGUAAUUUGAAAGAGGUCAUGUGUGACUCAGGAAACCCAAUCGUGCAUCAAUGCUUUGACAGAUCUGAACUAACGGACAAAAAAAGGCCUGAGACGGCAGCAACUCAGUUUAAGAAUAGUUUAUCUAAGCUGAUGGAAAUCCUCAUGUCCAAGGAGCCCUCUUACGUGCGAUGCAUUAAACCAAAUGAUGCCAAGCAACCAGCUCGAUUUGAUGAGGUUCUUAUCAGACACCAGGUGAAGUACUUGGGUCUCAUUGAAAAUGUACGUGUUCGCCGUGCUGGAUUUGCAUAUAGGCGCAAAUAUGAAGUUUUUCUGCAGAGGUACAAACCCCUUUGUUCUGAAACAUGGCCAAACUGGAAUGGAAGAGCACACGAUGGCGUCUUGGUUCUAGUGAAGAGCCUGGGUUAUAAGCCAGAAGAAUUUAAAAUGGGCAGGACAAAACUCUUCAUUCGUUUUCCAAAAACACUCUUUGCAACUGAGGAUGCCUUGGAAGAAAGGAAGCAAAGUAUAGCAACUUUUCUCCAGUCUAGAUGGAGAGGCUACCACCAGCGCCAAAAAUUCCUACACUUAAAACAUUCCGCUGUAACUAUCCAGUCUUGGUGGCGUGGAACAGUUGGGCGCCGAAAAGCAGCCAAAAGGAAAUGGGCUGUAGAAGUAAUUAGGAGAUUCAUUAAAGGCUUUAUUUAUCGGAAUUAUCCCCGCUGCCCAGAGAACGAGUACUACCUGGAUUAUAUCCGCUUCUCUUUCCUGAUGAAUCUAUUUCGUAAUUUGCCAAAGAAUGUGUUGGACAAGUCUUGGCCAACACCUCCUCCAUCACUGAAAGAGUCAUCAGAACUGCUGAGAGAGAUGUGCAUGAAGAACAUGGUGUGGAAAUACUGCCGGGGAAUCAGCCCUGAAUGGAAACAGCAGCUGGAGCAAAAAGCAGUUGCCAGCGAGAUCUUCAAGGAUAAAAAAGACAAUUACCCACAAAGUGUUCCAAGACUCUUCAUAAACACAAGACUUGCCAAUGAAGAGAUCAACACAAAAAUUCAUCAAAAUUUGGAAAACCAGGCACUCAUGUAUGCUGUUCCUGUUGUGAAGUACGAUCGGAAGGGCUACAAACCCCGAAAGAGACAGCUGUUGCUAACUCAGAAUGCUGUCUACAUCGUGGAAGAAGCCAAACUAAAACAGAGAAUUGACUAUGCCAAUCUGACAGGAAUCUCUGUCAGCAGCCUGAGUGACAACCUAUUUGUUCUUCAUGUGAAAUGUGAAGAUAACAAACAAAAGGGUGACGUGGUGCUGCAGAGUGAUCACAUGAUUGAAACAUUGACUAAAAUUGCCAUAACUGCUGAGAAAAUCCACAAUGUCAACAUUAAUCAGGGCAGCAUCAAGUUUACAGUCGGGCAGGGUAAAGAAGGAAUUAUCGACUUCACACCAGGCUCAGAGUUGCUUAUAGCCAAAGCAAAGAACGGACACCUAUCUGUGGUUGCUCCACGGUUGAAUUCUCGAUGAUGAAACCUGACUCCUCAAUAGGAAUCUGGUUCUUGAUAAAUCAGAUGGCUUCAAAUGCGUCCCUUUUUACCACUGGCUGGACAAUACAUCUUUUCUCGCAAUAGGACCUGACUCUGCUUUUAUAUUUUAUAGUUACCAAAGACCUGUGCUGCUUAAACGAUUACAUGAAAACAAAUCAUUUUAUAUAUUUGUUAUUUCAGAUUUUGUUUUAGAUUUUUAACCAUAACUUGCUUUUGCUAAGGCUGCCUCACUAGUGUGUUUUUGUGUAUUUCAUGUGCUCUUGCACAAGGUGUAAGGGGGAUACCCUUUCAAAGAGGGAAUAUGAUCGCUUAUACAUAUAUAGAAGCGUGUAAGCAUUUAAGCAGGAUUAUAUCCACCGGCCACCUUUGACUACCAGAUGCCUGCAGCUCAUUGCCUUAUAGUGCGGUGUGUUAACCUUGUGUAUUGAUCACCACCCUAGAAAGCAAUGGGUUAAGGUUCUUGGAUAAACAAAUGUUAUUGUAAACCGCUUUAGAAAGAGCAAAUUAUUGGUCUGCACUAAUUCAAAUAUGUAUUUAUGCAAUCUUAUUACUGCAAUAUAGUUACGUUUUUGAGGAGUAGUUAGGCAGAUUUUAUAGUCUUUUAUUCCACUAAAAAUAUUGUAUACAAUUUGUCUUUAAAAUGAAGGACAAAAAAAGCCUUAAAACGUCGUUAUUUUUUGUAAAACAAGACGAAUGUAAGCCAUACGUUUAAUAAGUGUGUGACCGUGUUAAUACAAAAACCAGUAAGUUCCAGUAGAAAAUUUGACAUAUUUCUUGCAAGGUCGAUCAUAUAUUGCAACUUUAAGAAAGUAUAAUGUGCAAUAGAUCCUGUCGUUACGCAGGGCACCUUAACUAACGUUUCUUAUAUAAAGAGAAGAAAAACACAUUUUUGCAACUAUUUAUCUAUUUCAUCUUUCACUCAAAACUUCAUUCUAUAUGCAAAUCUACUGUAUAUGUUAACCUGCCAUGCACAUAACACAAUGGAUUCCACUUCAAACUCCCACUGUGCACAGUCUUAAUUUAACCUGUCGGUUGCCAGUGGGCUAAAUAUUGCUGAAAUUCAAAGGGUUAAGUACUUCGAUUUUUGUUUAGGCUGUAAUGUUUGUUUCGUUAUAGUUAGCGUGGACCUUAACCAUUUAUAUCCUUCUUAACCCUGAGGGGUGCCAAACAUUCAAGAGUCUAAUAUAUAUAUAUAUGCAAUAUACUGACAAAUGACUUCUUUUUAGAAUAGAACUGUGUGAACGUCUUCUUGGAUAACACUGACCAACAGAGCUUUUUUUCCUCUUAUGAAUAUUUUUUUGCAGUUCCUUUUUUCUUAAUUGCAUAUAUUAUUCGUAAAAAAAAAUCUAUAAGGGCUGGUUAACCAAAACACUAGUAUAAAACUGCCAUAUUGGCCCAGUCACAAUACCACAAAAUGCAUUGUUUUCAUUUGCUGCCUCCAAGUGCCUUGCUUUAGAGUGUUAUCUUUUUUUUUUUUUUUUUUUUUGUAACGGAAUGUUUUUUUGGACACUACAGAUGACUAUUACCUUAUUUUCUCUGUCACGUGUAGUACACAAAGAUUAAGCAACUGUCCUGGCUCCUGGAGUCUCUUGUGCAGCUUCUUUUGACUACUUUACCUAGUUUUAAACUUUUUAGUCCAAAAAAUUACACAGUUUGGAGAAUACCUGCACAACAUUUCACGCAAGGGUGAGAGACCUACAGGUCCACCAGCAGGACAGAACUUCUAAAUGGCUCUGCUUAUGGACAAGUGACACUAAGAAUAUCCAGAAAUUCCAGAAAUGGAUACCACUUCUCUGUUUGUAUUAUUGGUAUAUGUACUUGUUCAAAUUAAAAAAAAAUGCUUUAAUGCUCAUAAUUUCAUUUGAACCUUUUCACCAAUAAAUGUGUAAACGAA